AUGACGUCGCGCGCCACCUCCUCGGCCUCGGGCAGGAAGGGGUACUGCGCGCCCGCCUGCAGCUCCAGCUCCAGCGCCUCCUCGCCGCGCUGCUGGUUGAACUCCAACUCGGCCACCGCCAGCAGGUUGUCGAGCGGCGUGGGCUCGGGCGGCGCCGGCGGCGAGGGCGGCGCGGGCGGCGCGGGCGGCACGCGCGGCACCGCGAUCGUGUGCGACGGGAUGUGCGACUCCAGGAACACGGGGCGCAAGCGCGGCGCGGGGUGCGCGGGCGGCGGGGCUCGCUCGGCUAGGUCGCGGCAGAGCAGGCUGCGCGCGCGGCGCCGGCCAGCGGCAGGGGCGCGGGGCGGGUGGGGGGCGCUGCGGCUGCGGCCGGCAGCGGCAUCGGCGCGGGGGCGGGCGGCGCGAGGCUCGCCGCCGCCGCCGGGCACCCGCGGAGACACUCCGGCGCGCCGCACCGCGGGAUCAGGCGACGACCGCGCGGACGCGGCCCUGAGGCGGACUGGCGGCCGGCGCGCGCGAGCCCCGCCCCCCGCCGCCCGCCGCGCCCGCCCCGCGCCCGCCCCGCCCAGCGAUCGAUCGGCCGCCCGCUGCACCCGCCGCCUGCACCCGCAUGUAAACACGGCGCGCGCCCCGGCCCCCGCGACGCCGCGUUUACGUGGCCUCGUUAAUCUUAAAUCCAUAUCUGCGGCGCGCGGAGUACGCACGGCGGCACGCCCCCGGCCCGGCCGCCACGUGCGCUGCACUCCGGACACUGCAUCCUCACCACACCAGGCACUGCAGCACAAGUCCUGCCCCAAUGUUGACGGAAACACCUCGCAGCGAUCGCUUCCUAAAUAA